AUGAAGAAGGAACAAGGGGUGCUACCGUCGUGUGUUCCGGGGUUUUCGAAAUGGUUUGUAAACGAGGUCUAUAUAGAGAGCAAGAUGAUGGAUAAGAGCGUGGAGCAAAUAGCAGCAUCAUUGAUAAAGCAAAGCGAGUGGAUAAAUAAGGUAAUGAGCAACGUGAUGUUGUUGGAUGUGAGCGGAAAAUAUGAGACGGAGGAGGGAGAUAAUAUUCUACCAAGGGUACCAACGGCAGCGAAGGCAUCAAUUGCCCCGAUGGUAUCAACGGCCCCAAUAGCAUCAGCUGCUCCAUUUGGAUCAACGAUACAGACGGCAUCAGCUGCCCCAAUGGUAUCAACGGCACAGAAGGCACCAACGGUACAGAAGGCACCAACGGUACAGAAGGCACCAACAGUACAGAAGACAUCAACGGCAGCGAAGGCACCAACGGCAGCGAAGGCACCAACGGUACAGAAGGCACCAACAGUACAGAAGACAUCAACGGCAGCGAAGGCACCAACGGCACCUACGGCAUCAGAUAUGGCAAUCAAAUCGGAUAUUGCUUCAUCAUCUCAUAGUAUCGAUGAAUCAAGCCCAGAUACAAGACCUGCAACAACGAGGACCACGCAAACAGGUGCCACUGAAGUGACGAGUGGAGAUGAAGAGGAGAAGAAGGAAGACAAGUCUGAGAGUAUACAACUGCCUGAUGGUGAGGUACAGGAGCUUACCAGAGAAAAUAUCGAAUAUCUUAAACCCAAGAAGGUUGAGAGUCACUUAGAUGAGCGUUCCGGAUCACGUGAUAUGUCUGAUGAUAGUGACACUUCUUUCGAGGCUAUCAGCAGAAAUAUUAGGAAAUCAUUUGCUGCAAAGACUCUGAAAACGUUCACGGAAUACCAAGAGAAGGUAGAGCAAAAGGUGAAGAGAGAUCAGAAUGAGCAAGUGAGUACAGAAGAAAAGAAAGCCAAGGAACAGAUCAAAGAGAUCUCUCAUCUGAUUGAAGAAGACAGCGACGAUUUGCUACUUGACGAGGAUUUAAAUCUUGGAAAGCUCGAAAAGAUAGAGCUCUCUGAAAUUAGACUGCCGUUGAAAGAUGCAAGCAGCCAUUCCAGUACUACUCCGCUGACAGCUAGAUUGCCUAUCAAGUUUGCCGAACUACCUUCAAGGGAACCAUUGAAGGUGCGUUCUACUAAAAAGAAGUCUAUUAGACGGAGUGCGCGGCACUUGAAGCAGAAUAAAGUGGCUAGUUCUCCUACCGAGAGGUUACAACCGAAAAAGAAGACACAAAUUCACGAGACCUUAUCUCCAUCUCCUUUUAGAGAAACUACCAAGAACAUGGUAGAAACUGGUAAUGGAAGCAGUGUUGAGAGUGGCAGUAGCUCGAAUGGUUCCUCAUCUAAGAAGAAGUUUCAGCUUGAGCUACCUCCCUUCAUGUAUCAGUCUUCGCCUAAUGCUAAGGACGAAGAGCCGACAAUCAAUCUUAACAGAGUGAAACGAAAACAGGAAGAGCAUAGCAACAGCUUUGCCCGGACUCCACAGAGGCAGGAAGAUGAUCUUCUCACGAGAUUGAUGGCACAUACCAAAUCUAGUGCCAAGAAAGUGAGAGGUUCCGUUGAGCGGGCACAUUCAAAGGCAAAAUUGCAUGAUCUGAAGAGCCCUUUGAUGCGGCCUGAAGUGGAAAAGGUUCCAGCGGUAUUUCCAGAAAAAUUACAGCCCUCUAGUAGCGUUAAAAGGAUACCCCUUACAGAACAGAGUCUCGAGCCACCGUCUUUCAGAAGCGUCGAGACAGUUCGUCUUGAAAAAAGAAAGAAGGUCGAAUACCAACUACAUGUGAAAAGACAGAAAGUGAUGGGGAAUAGAAUUGCAUUAAAGAAUAUUGAGGCGAAUAGCUCAAGGUUAAACGUGAAGUUAGCAACGAACAACCCGUCAGUUAGCAAAGUGAAAAUUGAGCAGGAGGAAGGGGUUCCUAAAGCCAGUAGUACUAGUUGGACUACGGCAGAGAAUUUGGAAAAGCAGUUGAAAGCGCAUGAGAAGACAAACCCUACACGAAUAUUUGGACCGGUUUCCCGGGUGGACUGCAACGAGAUCUUUGGUAGAAAGUACUUUGGAAACUUAAAUGUAAUGUGGCAGGAAGCCGAUAAGCUGAAUCAGAGAGAAGUCGAUAGCUACAACAGGCAAAUGGGGUGGAAUACAUAUUAA